GAAGGGUCGGGUGAGAGAAGGUCGAAAUAGAGAAGUUGGGAGGAGAGGUCUUUCUGUCGUCGGUUUUUCUUUUGGGAAGCCAAAAGGCUGCCGAAUGGAAAGAGCUGAGGGAGGAACAAGGAGAGGGAGACAAGCUCGGGGGUAUCCCGAGUUGAAUAGGUGAGACUGUGAGAGAGAGCAAAGUGGAGGGGAAGAGCAGCUCGAGGGUAUAUGAAAACCCCCGAGUUGAAUAGGGGAGAGAGAGCUCGAGUGAGAGAAGAAAAACAGAGAGGGUUUUCAGAGAAAGAGAGAUUGUUAGGUGAAGUUUAGAGAAGAAGAGGGAGAAGCUCCUCUGAGGGCGAUAGAUAGAAAAGGGCAGAGAAAGAAGAAAAGGGGGAGAUGAGUUGUUCCCUUUCCGUCGGCCGCCUCUACUGUCAUUGCCAAUCACACCCACUACAGAUCCUAGUGCCGUUCCUAGUAUCUCAGAUUCGUCCUUCUGCCAUCGCGAGCUAAGGUUUCGGCAGCAUAAAAAAUCCAGCUACACGCUGAACCUCUGCACGCGAACUCUGCAGCAUCUCCAUUCUUAAGGUCACAGGAGUGAUGAGGGAGAUCGUAACAAUCCAAGUUGGAAGUUUUGCUAACUUCAUUGGAUCUCAUUUUUGGAACUUUCAGGAUGAGUUGCUUGGAUUGGUCGAUGAUCCUCAUGGAGAUCCAGUCUUCAAGAAUCAAUCUUUGGAUAUGGAUGUGUUCUAUCGUGCAGGCGAAAUGCCACAGACGUCAUUUGCUUACACCUUAAAGCAUAUGCAGGGCAUUCCUACAUAUUCUCCUCGCCUGCUUUCAAUUGAUUUUCAAGGAACUCUUGGUUCUCUUAGUUCACAUGGUUCCUUGUAUCAUGAGAUUCCAUCUGCUCCAAUGCAUGUUCGUACAUGGACUGGUAAUGUUACAAAACUUGUUUCUGAUCCUCAGAAGAAGAAUUUAUUCUUGCAACGUUUGGAUGAAGAAGAACAUGGGAAACCAAGUGCUGAAGAGGAUGAUCAUAUCCAAGAUAAAGACAUAGUUGAAUGUCUAGAAAAUGGUGUUCAUUUUUGGACUGACUUUUCAAAAGUGCACUAUCAUCCCCAGAGUUUAUAUGAAUUAAAAGGGUUAUGGAUGGAUGCUCAAGAAUUUGACAAUUAUGGAAUUGGAAGGGACAUCUUCUCUGAGGCACUACGCGGAGAAGAAAUUAAUGAUAGGCUUCGGUUCUUUGUAGAAGAGUGUGACCAGAUUCAGGGUAUUCAAUUUAUUGUUGAUGAUUCUGGAGGUUUUUCCAGUGUAGCUGCAGAAUUCUUGGAGAAUAUUGCAGAUGAAUAUACGAACACUCCAGUUUUGCUUUAUGCUGCAAGAGGUCCAGGUCCUGGAACCACCAACAAGAAUGCUUUAGGCCGGAAGGACUCUAUUUCAAAAGCUCUUCAUGAUGCGGUCUCAUUUUCAAGACUCUCUUCCUUCAGUAAAUUGAUUGUGCCAAUAGGAUUGCCUUUCCUGAGUAGAAGUAAGGCGUCUACAUUUCUUUGCAUAGAAGAUUCAAAGGCUUACCAUUGCAGUGCAGUUUAUGCUGCUGCCCUGCAUUCCAUAAGUCUCCCAUUCCGAAUGGAAUCGAUUGGGUCAGCUACAGACUCACAUUAUGUUGCCGGUGCUAUUGAUGUUAAUGGGAUUGUGCAAAUGUUGGCGGGUCAAGCCAGGCAGAAUAUGGUGGCCAUUCUGGAUGUAGCUAUGCCAGCUCCUUGUUUAACUGGUGAACAAAACAAACAAUCUGUUCAAAGGGGUUUGCAUUCUUUGACACCAGAGAUUGCAGAGGAUGUGGAAGAUUUUCGGGCAAUAGAAUCUACAACUGUUCAUGGAAUACAUCAUUCAGGAGGUAAUCCGGCCUCCAUUUCUGAAGUGCAGGAUUCAAUCUUUGCUUCUUAUGAAAGUGCUUUGACGAGGCCAAUGUUCUCUCAUCUUUCGGUUGCUCUCUGUCCUCUUCCAAUACCCUUGCCUUUUCCAUCAAUAUUCAGCAACCUUGUUCGCGAACGUGGAGAGCUGUUGGACAGCCCAAUUUAUGGGUCUCAAUCAAGGGGAUCACUUGAUGUUCACUCUAUUCCCAUGGCUGCCAGACUACGUUCUAGCAAUGCCAUCUUGCCUUAUAUAGAGACACGGUUGGGCAACCUUCGCCGAUUUGGAAUUGAGAAGGGUGCACCAGGAUCUGAGGUGCUUAGAAGUUGGGGUUUUGAAAAGGAUGAAUUGCAGGACAUGGGGGAGGAAUUGUCUAGGAUGGUUAUGGCACUGGAUCCUCGUGAAGAAUCCUCUGAUUCAGACUAAGAUUCUAGCAAGUGCACUCAUUUUGUAGCUUUGAUGAAACUGCAGUUUUUGUAACUUUUCUGGAGAGGGCAUUUUUCUUUGUUCGCUAUGUAUUUUAAUUUAGAUUGGUUCCAACCCAAACCUGGUCUAUUGACACCUGUAUACUGAUCUUCUAUCAAUGGACAAGAUAUUGGUUCAAUCCGAUCCAAUCUAAUAUAAAUCCAUUACGGGGAAGGACCAGGUCCAACUCUGAUUAAGUCUA